AUUCUGAGUGCUACUACUAACAUUGGUCUCCGAAUUGCACCUGCUUCUUAAAUUGCUGUACCUUCUUCUCCAGAUCCAACAACACCAAAUACGCAAACACGCCGUUAGUUCAAGAGUUCCGCUCCUUCAAUGCAGUAACUUUCUGCUAAUUCUGAAAGAUAUUUACCACAUUUUGUCUCUCAGAUCAAAUGGCUGUUCCGAUUGAAGAAGCUAUAGCUGCACUAUCCACAUUUUCUUUAGAGGAUGAUCAAGCAGAGGUACAAGGUCCAGGGUUUUGGGUUUCAGCUGAAGGAGGUGCAACUAUUAGUCCAAUUGAGUACAGUGACGUGGCUGCAUAUAGGCUGUCAUUAUCGGAAGACACUAAAGCUAUUAACCAGCUGAACACACUUAUACAAGAGGGGAAGGAAAUGGGUUCCGUGCUCUACACAUAUAGAAGUUGCGUUAAAGCGCUUCCUCAGCUUCCAGAUUCUAUGAAGCAAAGCCAGGCUGACCUGUAUCUCGAAACUUAUCAAGUUUUGGAUUUGGAAAUGAGCCGUCUGCGUGAAAUCCAGAGAUGGCAAGCAUCAGCUGCAUCUAAGCUGGCAGCUGACAUGCAACGUUUUUCCAGACCGGAGCGUCGCAUUAAUGGUCCCACAGUAACUCAUCUAUGGUCCAUGCUGAAGUUACUUGAUGUUCUGAUCCAGCUUGAUCAUCUUAAAAAUGCAAAAGCUAGUAUACCUAAUGACUUUUCUUGGUACAAAAGAACAUUCACACAAGUCAGUGUACAGUGGCAAGAUACAGAUUCAAUGAGGGAGGAGUUGGAUGAUUUGCAGAUCUUCUUGAGCACGAGGUGGGCUAUUUUGUUAAACUUGCAUGUUGAGAUGUUCCGGGUGAACAAUGUUGAAGACAUUCUUCAAGUUCUCAUUGUCUUCAUAGUCGAGUCAUUGGAAUUGAAUUUUGCACUUCUGUUUCCGGAGAGGCACACACUUCUUCGUGUUUUGCCUGUCCUUGUUGUCUUAGCAUCAUCAUCAGAGAAAGAUAGCGAAUCAUUGUACAAAAGGGUGAAAAUCAACAGACUUAUUAACAUAUUUAAGAAUGAUCCUGUGAUACCUGCUUUCCCAGAUCUUCACCUGUCUCCUGCUGCAAUUUUAAAAGAGUUAUCAGCAUACUUCCCUAAAUUUUCUGCACAAACUCGGCUUCUCACUCUUCCAGCACCUCAUGAGCUGCAACCGCGUGAGGCACAAGAUUAUCAGCGGCAAUAUCUGAUUGUCAACCAUAUUGGGGCGAUCCGUGCUGAGCAUGAUGACUUCACUGUUCGUUUUGCUUCAGCCAUGAGUCAGCUUGUCUUGCUAAAAUCAAUAGAUGGUGUGGAUGUUGAGUGGGUUAAGGAAGUCAAAGGAAAUAUUUAUGACAUGGUUGUUGAAGGUUUUCAACUUUUAAGCAGAUGGACUGCACGAGUUUGGGAGCAAUGUGCUUGGAAAUUUUCUCGCCCAUGCAAGGAUCCUGUUCCAAUAGAGUCACAUGAGAUGCCUGCAUCUUUUUCUGACUAUGAAAAGGUAGUACGGUACAAUUAUAGUGCUGAAGAAAGGAAGGCUCUGGUUGAACUUGUGAGCUACAUCAAGAGUAUUGGAUCGAUGAUGCAGAAGGUUGACACCUCAGUGACUGACGCCUUGUGGGAGACAAUCCAUGCAGAGGUGCAAGAUUUUGUUCAAAAUACGGUGGCGACAAUGUUGCGGACUACAUUUCGAAAGAAGAAAGACCUUUCUAGGAUUCUUUCUGAUAUGAGGACACUUUCAGCAGAUUGGAUGGCAAAUACUAGUAAGCCAGAGACUGAAAUGCAGUCAUAUCAGCAUAGUGGUGAAGAAAGCAGAGGGACCUUCUUUUAUCCAAGGCCUGUAGCCCCAACAUCUGCUCAGGUCCAUUGCUUGCAGUUCCUCAUAUAUGAGGUGGUUUCUGGUGGCAACAUGCGGAAGCCUGGUGGUAUUUUUGGAAAUAGUGGUUCUGAAAUACCUAUCAAUGACUUGAAACAACUGGAGACAUUCUUCUACAAGCUUGGGUUUUUCUUGCAUGUAUUAGACUACACAGCUACUCUAGGAACUUUGACAGAUCUUGGUUUCUUAUGGUUUAGAGAAUUCUAUUUGGAGUCUUCUCGUGUUAUACAGUUCCCCAUUGAAUGCUCCCUUCCAUGGAUGUUGGUGGAUCAUGUGAUCGAAUCUCCAAUCAUUGGCCUUCUGGAGAGUGCCUUGAUGCCAUUUGACAUCUAUAAUGAUGCUGCUCAGCAAGCAUUAGUGAUCCUCAAGCAACGCUUUCUAUAUGAUGAAAUCGAAGCUGAGGUGGACAAUUGUUUUGAUAUAUUUGUCUUGAAGUUGUGUGAGACUAUUUUUACAUACUACAAAAGCUGGGCAGCCAGUGAGCUACUUGAUCCAUCAUUCCUCUUUGCCAUAGACAUUGGCGAAAAGUUUGCGGUCCAGCCAAUGAGAUUCAUAGCUCUUUUAAAGACGACUAGAGUGAAGCUUCUAGGAAGGACCAUCAACUUGAGAAGUUUGAUUGCUGAUAGGAUGAACAAAAUGUUCAGAGAUAAUCUUGAAUUCCUGUUUGAUCGCUUUGAAUCACAGGAUUUAUGUGCCAUUGUGGAACUGGAAAUGUUGCUGGACAUUUUGCAACUUACUCAUGAAUUGCUCUCAAAAGACCUUAUAAUAGAUUCUUUCAAUCUUAUGUUGAACGAGAUGCAGGAGAAUGUAUCCCUUGUUUCUUAUUCUAGUCGACUUGCUUCUCAGAUUUGGACAGAAAUGCAAAAUGACUUCUUGCCAAAUUUCAUCCUUUGCAAUACAACUCAGCGCUUUGUCCGAUCAUCACGAGUGCCCCCUGUUCCUGUCCAAAAGCCUUCGGUUCCUUAUGCAAAGCCAAACUUCUACUGUGGUACUCCUGAUUUGAAUUCUGCUUACCAGAGCUUUGCUCGAUUGUACUGUGGUUUUUUUGGCGUUCCUCACAUGUUUUCUCUAGUCAAGCUCCUGGGAUCUAGGUCACUGCCUUGGCUUAUGCGAGCCCUUUUGGAUCAUAUAUCGAACAAGAUAACUACUGUUGAACCAAUGAUUACUGGAUUGCAAGAAGCUUUGCCAAAAUCUAUAGGGUUACUUCCAUUUGAUGGUGGUAUAUCAGGUAAGUUUGUCGCAUUAUGUAGCAAAGUUGACCUCCAAAGGUAUCUAAAUGUCAGCUUUUUGAAUGACUCGUAUCCUUCUGCCUCACCUAUACUGGUAGCAGAAAUCAACUUCAGUGAAGGUGCCAUCUCCCUGUGGGAGACUUUUCUUGUACUAAUCCAGAGUAUUUGGUUACCCAUAUUCACUGUCCUUUGAAACUUGAUAUUGCUGGCCUCUUACAUCUCCUGUUAGUGUAAGUUAGUUUUUGAAAUGGUAGUCACGUUGCACCCUUUCUUGUUUUGCCUUACUAUGUGUAAUAUUCCUACUGCCUUCUUUCAGAAGGAGAAGCAAAACCUCCUUCAAAAUUCUAUUUGGGUAACUCUGGUUUAUGUUAGACUAAGUGGGCGUUUGGACAUAAGAAUUGUAAAAUUCUGAAAAAACG